AUGGAGGCGCUGCCCGAGCGCUGCUCGUCGACCGGGCGCAGGGAUGCGCACCGGAUCAAGGUCAUUAGCGUCUUUGGCGAGCUGCUCGCUACGCCUGCGAUCCGCGCCCUGGCGGAGCACGACCCGAGUGCGCCUUACUACCGCCUGCUGUGCCUCUUUGCGACAGGCACCUGGCAGGACUAUGCUGCUAACCCGAAUAUAUAUCCAGCGCUGACGCCGCAGCAGGCCGCCAAGCUGCGGCAGCUCACGAUCGUCUCGCUGGCCGACGCCCGCCGCGUCCUCUCGUACAGCGAUAUGGAGUCUGCGCUGGGCCUUGAGGCGACUACGGACGCGAGCACGACCCGCAUCCUCGAGGAUCUGAUCAUUGACGGGAUCUACCAGUCGCUCUUUGCCGGCCGCCUGGACGGCAUGGCGCAAGAAUUCCAUGUCGACUCGGUGACGGCGCGCGACGUGCCGCAUACGACGCACGAUGGCCACGACGCGCUUGCGCCGCUCCUUGCCGAGCUGACUGCAUGGUCGCAGCGUGCAGACGAUGCGCUUCACACGCUCGACGAGCGCAUCGCAUCGCUGCACGACGACCGCGCACGUUCCGCCCACCAAAAGCAGUCGGACCACGAUGCGCUGGUGCACGCCGUGGCGGACGUCUAUGCGAGCGCCAAGAGUACCGAUGAGCCCAUGGACCUUUCCCGUGCGUAG